UGCCGUGCCGUGUGGAUUAUUUGUCCGGAGAUGUUCGUGUUUCCGAUUCUUUGGUUUAUAACCCUGGCUCGCGCGGCGCCUUCUCUAACGGCGGAGCAGAUGGACAUGGGGGUGGAUUGGCUGAGUAAGUUUGGCUACCUGCCUCCUCCAGACCCGGUGACGGGGCAGCUGCAGACCAAGGAGGCCCUGACUAAAGCCAUCAAAGCCAUGCAGAGGUUCGGGGGGCUGGAGGAGACGGGAGAGCUGGACCAGGCUACUCUAGGUCUAAUGAAGACUCCGAGGUGUUCGCUACCAGACCUGUCUGCACCAGAGGCAUCGUCAUCAUCAGCGGGGCGGAGGAGACGAGCUCUCACGCCACUCAACAACAAGUGGAGCAAGAGACAUCUGUCAUGGAGGGUGCGGACGUUUCCAAAGGGUUCGGAGGUUCUGGGCCGGGACACGGUGCGGGCGCUGAUGUUCUACGCCCUGAAGGUCUGGAGCGACAUCGCGCCCCUCAACUUCCACGAGGUGGCCAGCAGCGAGGCCGACAUCCAGAUCGACUUCACCAAGGCCGACCAUAACGACGGCUACCCCUUUGAUGGCCCCGGGGGCACCGUGGCUCACGCCUUCUUCCCCGGAGAACGCUUCUCGGCUGGGGACACGCACUUCGACGAUGACGAGGCCUGGACUUUCAGAUCACCAGACUCUCAUGGGAUGGACCUGUUCGCGGUGGCCAUCCAUGAGUUUGGUCAUGCCAUUGGACUGGCUCACACGUCAGCCAUAGAGUCCAUCAUGCGUCCCUACUACCAGGGCCCUGUGGGGGACCCCCUCAAGUACGACCUGCCCUAUGAGGACAAGGUGCGCGUCUGGCAGCUCUACGGGGUGCGAGAUUCAGUGUCAGUGUCAUCUGGUGAUCCGUCCAUUGAGCCCCCGGUUCUUCUGGACCUACCCGAGAACAGAUCCAGUGUUCCUCCAGCCCGUGAUGCGCCCAACCGCUGCACUACUCACUUUGAUGCUGUGGCGCAGAUUCGAGGAGAGGCCUUCUUUUUCAAAGGAAAGUAUUUUUGGCGUUUGACUAGGGAGAAGCACCUGGUAUCGCUGCGUCCGGCCCAGAUCCACCGCUUCUGGAGGGGUCUUCCCCCCAACCUGGACAGUGUGGACGCCGUCUACGAGAGGCCAGGGGACCACAAGAUCGUCUUCUUCAAAGGGGUGAAGUACUGGGUGUUCAAAGACAACAAUGUGGAGGAGGGCUACCCGCGGCCCAUCAGUGACUUUGGGCUGCCCAUGGAGGGUGUGGAUGCCGUGUUCGUGUGGCUCCAUAAUGACAAGACCUACUUCUUCAAGGACAGCAGCUACUGGCGCUAUGACGACCACCUGAGACGCAUGGACCAGGGCUACCCCAAAGACAGCGCCCUCUGGAAGGGCAUACCCAUGCACUUAGACGAUGCCAUGCACUGGUCAGAUGGUGCCUCCUACUUCUUCAAAGGCAAGGAGUACUGGCGCGUGGAGGGCAGUGACAUGGAGGUGGAGGCUGGCUACCCGCGCUCCAUCGCCAAGGACUGGCUGGUGUGCAGUGAGAUGCAGUCUGACUCACCGACUGCCACAGAGUCCAACCACUCAGACACACGGAUACGAGGCUCACAGCAGGCCGACCACGCUGAGAACGGCCUGGAGGUCUGCUCCUGCACCUCGGACCACGCGGCCCCGGUGGGCGUUCGCCUCCCCCUCUCCCCGCUCCUCUGGGCCCUGGCCCCCCUAUGGACACUCUGGACGACCCUUGUGGCGGCACCGGGGCCCCUAUGACGAAAGGUUUUUAUUGGUCAAUGACUCACUGACUGACUGACUGAGUGAGUCAAUUGAGCAAGUGAGUGAGCAUCCACGGGCUGGACUAAACUGGAACUUUUUUGAGAGCCUGGAGAAUUCGAUUCCUGGAAGAUUUUGAUGGUAGUGUGGCUGCAUGUCUGGCUGACUAUCUGGGGAAAGACAGGCACAGACAGACAGGAAAUGGACCUGGGGUCCCUUUCUCGAUUCUUGUCGUUGCUAACCGUCUUAAGACCGUCUUAAGACCGUCUUACCGUUCCCUUGGAUUUAGUGGUGAGCGUGCUGUCGAGAGAGAGUUGAGUCGCUCUUACGAAGGACGUUGCUACUGUCGUUAGCAAAGACGCUUUCGAGAUACGGACCCCAGGGGUGCGUUUUUCAACAACAUUGUUGCUAAUUAAGUUAGCAACUUUACUUUGUUGCAAUGCAAUUUCCCAUUGGAAACCUAGUAAGUGGCUAACUGGUUAGCAACAAUGCUUUCGAGAAACGGUGUCCAGGACUGUAGAGUCUCUGUAGGAGAUAGGAGAACAGGGCUGGAGUCUUAAGCUAUGUGUACAGUACACCAAGAACGACCUACGCUACCUGAGCAACCGCAUUCAUUAUUUCUCUAUGCAGGGUCGGCGACUAAAGCGACCUUGAGUAGCGUAGGUCGCUUUUGACGUACACAAGCAGCUUUACAUGUUUUCUCCUGAAAAAAAAGGGACAGAUAGUCGACUCUUAGAGGAUUUUUGAUGUAGGUGAGGGGAAAGGGCUGGAUACUUCGUAGCUCCCCACUCAAUGUCACUAUUAUUAUUAUUAUUAUUAUUAUUAUUAUUAUUAUUAUUAUUAUUAUUAUUAUUAUUAUUAUUAUUAAGCCCUUGCAAUUUACCUUGAAGGUCCAGUGUGUAAUUUUAAUGUCAGUUGUAAUCUCUUUAAAACAUGUUGCUCAUUCACAAAUUUGAUCUAUUUCAUGAAUAUUUAUAAGGUAAAUAAACUAAAUUUCGGGCCUGUCCACAUUUGCAGGAAAAUAUAUCUAUCUAUGCCUGGUUUCAAAAUGGCGGAUUGACAUGGAGAGGAGAAAUUCAUGUAUGACUUUCAAGCCAAAAUGCUGCCUAAAAUAUUGAUUGUGUUAGAUAAUAUUCAUGAAAAAGAUGACAUGUAGGCUACUAAAUGGGCAGUGAAUGGGGUGAAUGGUUAAUUCUGGAAAUGAACUAAUACAAAUAUUUCCCACUGGACCUUUACGUAUGUUUGCUAGUAUGCACAGAUGUUUUAGCCCACUUUUUGGUUCAUUCAUAUCACGACAUUAAAUGACAACAGUAGUACUAAUGAUAAUAACAAUAAUAAAGUGCCGCAACCUGCUCUAAUGUUUCAGACUACUGGAUUCACUUAGAAGUGCUUUAAGAAUACAAAUGUCACAUUCACAGAUUUUCUCUGAUGUGUUGGCCGCUUUCAUCUGACUAUACAGACAGUUAGCCAUUCUUUGUCAUUGUUUAAUAGUGUGUGUAAGUCAGGAAUUUAUGGUUUGAUAAAGAAUGCAUCUCUCUCUCUCCCUCUCUCUCUCUUAGUCUUCUGUAUUUUUAAUCUUGCUGCCUCAUUUGAUUAAAUAAUGUUACAAGUUUUUCAGAGAAGACAGAAAGCAAUCAUCAGUAUUUUUGUAAUAAAGCCAUUAGUCCUUUAUGAAGGUCUUGCAUGAUCUGAGACUCUCAUUGCCUUUGAUUGCCACAGACAUUUACAAAUAUUGUUUCGUUUAUUUUUUGUUAUGUGUCUGUUUUGUUUGAACAUGUCCUCCUGCUUUCUGGGACAGAGUCUCUUGUGGUCUAAGUCUGUAUUCAACUGGGAGAUGUGGCCAACACAGAGACUGUAAGAGACUGAAAAUCGCCAAUCAGCUCCAGAGUUUGGAAUUGUUGAUAGUGCACACAUAUCACAACUGCAGUUUUUUGUCAUAAUUGCUAUAUUUUAUAAGCAUAUAUGUACACAAAGAUAUAUUUAAUAAGUUAAAAGUUACAUGGUCGUUGCAAAAUGUAAAAUU